CGCUCGAUCCAACUCCUCCCUCUCCCUCGGUCUCGCCUCUCCUAUCGCUCGCUCGGUCCUCUCUAGGGUUCGCCGCCCGCCGCCGUCCCCCGCCGCCCUGCUCCGCUGUUGCCCCUCCCUCUCCAUCUCCUUCCCUCGCGGGCGUCACCAUGUUCCCCCGUCCAACAAGAUCAUCCACGCCGCAGACUGCGUCUCCCGCUGGUUCCCGCUCCCGCCCUUCUCCGACGACGUUGAAUCUGUCCGCCUCGAGCCCUUCCCCUGCUACACCGUCGAGCGCAUGAUCGGCGCCAAGCCCCUCGUCCUUGCCCUCUCCUCCCCAUCCUCCGGCUCCACGGAGGCCGCGGACGCGGCCGCAGUCAUCGCCGAGAGGUUCUUGCCGGACCUUUUAUACGCGGCGGAGAAGGCGAGGGAGAGGACGCACGAUGUGCCCAGGGAAGACGAGGAGGCAAAACUGAGUCUCAUGGCAAGGGUGGGCAAGGUCCUGUUCCAACUGUGGUCGACAAGCAGGGAAUGGUUUCCAGCAUGUCUUGGAAAUGCACUGUGCAAGAAGAUGGGAAGCUUGCAAUCGACAAGGAAGCCAUUGCUGUUGGACAAUCUUUCGCCACGGUUAGAUGGUACGAGCUCGAUGCCGAACACCGGCCAUACAAGUCACACGCAUCGAUAUGUCCUUCCUCUGCUUCAUCAAUGCGACUUUCAUCAAAGAAAGGAUCAUGGAAUGGGUAAGGGCUGAAGUGGAUACAUCCAAUGAGAAGGUGAGGGAAAGGGUGCAAUCAGUUGUCUUUGACAUGUCAAACGUGGUGAACAUUGACACUUCAGGACUCGUGGGAUUGGAAUAAAUUCACAAGGAUCUAGCAUCCCUGGGCAUACAGUUUCACAGGAACAAGUCAGUGGCAGUAAAAGUUGAAGCUCCUUAGUCAGGUUCGUUCAGGUGAGUACCUUUCCUGAUACAAGAAUUAGCACUGAGAAUGUUUUUAGAGGUAAAUUAGCACUGAGAUUUCUGUAUAUUUACAAGCAAUGGGGCAUACAUUAGUUGGUUUUUUGACAUUAAUCGAGUUUAACGUAUAC